AAAUGCAUGCUAAAAAGAGAAUGCUAAUGUUGCUUUCCUGCCUCUUCCUGCUGAUGAUGGCUAAGAUCUACUUCAGGGACCUCCACGAAGAAGAACUUCAGCUCUCAGGCUGGUUUAACCCCAGGAGACGUGUGGACGUCAUCACCACCACAGAGUGGCUGGCCCCAGUUAUAUGGGAAGGCACCUUCGACAGAGAGGCCCUGGAAAAAUAUUACAGAAAACGGAACAUCACCGUGGGCUUAGCUGUGUUUGCUGUUGGCAGCCUUACUGACCAGUACCUGGAUCCAUUCUUGAAAACUGCCAGCAAAUUCUUCAUGCCUGGGUAUAGGGUGAUCUUCUAUAUCAUGGUGGAUAGGUAUGUGCAGCUACCUCAAAUGUUCUACAACCCUCUGCAAUCCUUCCAAAUGCACAUCUUAGGUGAAGAGAGAUGGUGGACCAACCUUGACCUCAUGCGCAUGAAAAUCUUGGCGGAGCACAUCCAGGAGCACAUCAGAUAUGAGGUGGACUUCCUCUUCAUCAUGAGCGCCAACCUGGUCUUCCAGAAUGAGUUUGGGGUGGAGACCCUGAGCACAUCUGUAGCCCAGCUUCAUGCUUGGUGGUAUUUCCAGAAGACAAAUGAUCUUCCCUAUGAGAGGAGACCUGUGUCAGCAGCCUACAUCCCCUUUGGCCUGGGGGACUUUUAUUACUCUGGCUCCAUUGUAGGGGGAGUGCCCUGGCAGGUUUUGAACUUGACUCAGGAAUACAUGAAAGGUGUUAUUUGGGAUGCAGAAAAUGGACUUAACAGCACCUAUGAAAAAUACCUCAACAAAUAUUUUUUCCUCAACAAACCCACCAAGCUUCUAUCCCCAGAGUACUGCUGGGACCCCACCUUCAACACCCCUCGGCAAGUGUGGUACAUGAAGAUUGCGCAGUAUCCCACAGAUAGCUUAUGACACACCAGUUUUUAUGUGCUAGAGAACAAACUACAGUAAUUCCUUAUAGACACAGGAUA